AUGCCCCUCGCCCGGUGCUACCGCGGCGCCCUUUGGGCUUUGGGGCCAGGACGGCAGAUCAUCGCCGUCGAUCCAACCAAAAGUCUCCUACUGAGGACCACCGUCGACGCGCCUGUCGUGCCCAAUAAGGCUUCUCGACAGCGAGUCAAACUGCGCGACCUUGUCAUGCAACGUCGUAGACUUCAUAUACGGCUAGUCAUUCUUGGGCCUCUGUACUCGUAUACCCACUUUGUGGUUAAGCGUCGAGAGCUGAAAAAGCCGCCAGGCGGGUAG